AUGAAGUCUUUGACAUUCCUAGUCCUAGCUGCCCUGCCAAGUAUGGUAUAUGCAGAUGGAUUCGUAGCCAGGCGCAGAGGCGCAGAGUUCAACAUACACGUUCGUCAUGAAGACGAUGCUUCAUACCAGCCAGAAGGGCUCUCUAAGAAAGCUUCUUGCGACAAAGAUGCUGGUUCUUGUCCUAAGGGACAAUGCUGCUCUGAAUCUGGUCAGUGUGGCACUACAUCUGCUUACUGCACUUCACCGCAAUGCCAGAUGGCCUAUAGCAAUGGCAACUGUGAUGGCAGCAAGAAGCCAAAGGGUGAAACUACAGCAAAUAUACCCAGAUCAACUUCUGGCAAAGCUCCAUAUGACAAGUACAUCACCACCUGCACUACCCCUGGGAUUGUGGCACUCACUUUUGAUGAUGGCCCUUACAAGUAUACCAAUCAAGUCCUGGAUGUUCUCAAGAAGCACAACAUCAAAGCAACAUUUUUCAUCACUGGUAACAAUCUAGGAAAAGGUCAGAUCGAUGACCCUUCCAAGCCCUGGCCCAAGAUCCUCCGUCGCAUGCAUUCUGAAGGCCACCAGCUCGCCUCUCACAGUUGGUCACAUGAGGAUCUUUCAGCUGCGUCCGCUGAGCUCCGUAAACAGCAGAUCAUCUAUAACGAGAUGGCCUUCCGUAACGUCCUUGGCUUCUUCCCUAAGUACCUACGUCCUCCUUAUGGAACCUGCUCACGAGUUUCUGGUUGUCUAGACUACGUGACCAAGCUCGGUUACCAUGUCGUGAACUGGAACAUUGACACAAAGGAUUACUUGAACGACUCGCCGAGCAAGAUUCAGACCAGCAAGAAUACUUUCUCGGACGGUGUCUCUGCUCAAUCUCAGUCGAAUAGUUACAUCGAGUUGAGUCAUGAUACACAUGAACAGACAGCUUAUAACCUGACUGAAUUCAUGAUCAAGACUCUCAAGGCUAGAGGAUAUCGUGCUGUUCCUGUUGGAGAGUGUCUUGGUGAUUCCCGCGAGAAUUGGUAUGUUGUUGCCACAGGCACAAAGUCUGGUAGGUCAAUCCAAGGAAGAGGCAGUUACGAUCCUCCUCCUACGUCUCCAGCUACUACCAAAGAUGGUACUUGUGGUACCAAGAAUGGCCUCAAUGGCUCGACAUCAGGCUACUGUGAUGGCGGAUGUCAAUCCAAACACGGAGAGUGUAACGAGAUAAAGCUAAGCAGCAAGCUUAUUGUCUCGGAUAACGGACUCUGUGGCGAGAAGUAUCACCAGACCUGCAAGGGAUCUCGAUAUGGUAACUGCUGCUCUAAAUACGGCAACUGUGGUAAGACGGACGAGUACUGCGGAAACGGGUGCCAGAGUGGCUUCGGAACUUGUCCAUACUCCUGA